UGGAACCCAACCGGAAGGCUGGAUAUCCUGGAUCUGAAUGACAGAACCUUUCUGGUCACGUUCCAUAACGAUCAAGAUUUCCUUCACGCUCUCACCGGGGGACCAUGGACAAUACUUGAUCACUAUCUUGUUGUCCACCAAUGGUCGCCGUCAUUCAGAACUGCUGAUAGACCCCACAAAUCGGUCGUAGCAUGGAUCCAGCUGCCGGAGCUUCCGGUCCAUUUUUACCACCGGGAGGUCCUAUUUGCCCUGGGGAAUCUUAUUGGCAGAAAGGUAAAGCUUGAUUAUCAUACAGAAAAUAUGGAACGUGGGAAGUUUGCUCGGAUAGCGGUGGAAUUAGACAUGACGAAGCCGCUGGCGACUCGGAUCCGGCUGGACGGGUUCUGGCAACCGGUUCUCUACGAGAACUUACCGGAGAUAUGCUUUGAGUGUGGCAGGAUAGGCCACACCGAGGAGUCUUGCUCCAAAAAAGUGUGUAAUGUUGCAAACGUUUCUUUGACAACAACAACCCCCGUUCUUCCCAUUGAAGGAUCGUCACCGUCGUCGGAGUCUCCCUCCGGUUACGGGCCAUGGAUGCAAGUGACGAGAAAGAGUAAAAAACAGAAUAGGAAAGUAGCGCAGAUUGCGGCCAGUAACAAGGGGCGAGAAUCAGGCCGCGGGGGGAGUCUCAGGGAAAGUCAAUCAAAAAGCAAAUCAACAAGGAAAGGGUGA